AUGGCUAAAGAGCUAGAGAUUGAAAACGAAAUCGUAGCGCAAGGCGACCUAGUCCGUAAGCUGAAAGGAGAUGCUUCGGCAACAGAGGACAUGAAAAAAGAAGCUAUUGAUAAACUACUGCGGCUAAAGUUGACUUAUAAGGAGAUAACUGGCAAAGAUUACGCACCACCAAAUGCUAGAAAACAAAAAGUAGGUUUUUGA